AUGAGCGACGACAAGUUCACAGUCUUGUGCUGCGGCGGAGGGAAUGCGGCACAGGUUGCCACGGGCCUUUUUGCAGUCCGCUACAAUACCAUUGCCGUGUCCUUCUUUGCAGAUGAAGCUGCGAAGUGGAAAGCCGCCUUGGGCGAUGAUGAAUUUGAACUUACAAUCCCAGGCGGUGGCGUCAUGAAGUCGAAACCCAAAGACAUCACCAACGAUCCUUCAGUUGCCAAGGAUGCAGAUGUCAUCCUGCUAGUGGUGCCCUCGUUCGCGCAUGGCGAAUAUUUUGAGAAGUUUGCCCCUCACAUGAAGCCUGGCACGAUCGUGGCCACGAUGCCCGCACGCUCGGGCGGCGACAUCCUGUUUGCUUCAAAGCUGGGCGACAAGGCGAAGGAUAUGAUAUUUUGUGGUUUUGAGACCUUGCCUUGGGCGUGUCGUUUCACUGAAUGGGGGAAGAAAGCCACAGUCUUGGGCACCAAGAACAACAUCCUGGCUGCCGUCUCACCUAUUUCUGCAAGCAGAAAGGCCCUCUCCAAGCUGCAGGGCUUGCUCGGCGUGAAUCCCUUGGUGGAAGAGAGCCCCAACAAUUUGGGAAUUAGCUUGCGCAAUCCGGGGAUGUGUAUCCAUCCAGGUGUGAUGUAUGGGCGCUGGGGACCUGAGAGCUGGGACGGUCAACCCAAGGAUGAGGCACCUUUGUUCUACCAGGGUGUGGACGACUUCACCGAGAAGGUCUUGACAGGGAUGACAGAUGAGGUGCAGGCGAUUUGCUGCAAAAUGGAGGAAGUGGCACCCGGCUUGAACAUGAAGGAUGCUUGCACAUUGAAGCAGUGGUACUUGGAUUGCUAUGAUGGGCAGAUGAAAGACACCUCCACAUUGAAGUCCUGCAUGAACACCAACGCAGCAUACGAUGGCUUGAAGCAUCCUUGCAAGGAAGUCGACGGGAAGUUUAUGCCAGAUUUGAAGUAUCGCUACCUCUCAGAGGAUAUCCCGACGGGACUAUGCUUUGCCAAAGGCUUGGCGGAGAUCCUAAGCUUGGAGACUCCCACCAUUGACAAGGUGGUGAAGUGGGGUCAGGAGUGCAUUGGUCUUGAGAUCAUGGUGGAUGGGAAAAUGACUGGCAAGGAUUUAGAUAAGACACGAGCUCCACAAGGCAUGGGCAUCACCACGCUGGAUGCAUUCCUCGCCGCCUCGAAGAUCGAGAAAUGA